AUGUUUAAAAAAUUGCUUUUUAACGUGUUUGUAUACAGAGAAAAAUCACUUAACUUAUGUAGGAAAAAAAAGAAUAUACUUUUUAUUAAAAAUGAGAAGAGUAUUUCUUCCUAUACAGAACAUAAAAAAAUAAAUGAUAAUGAAAAAAUUAAAGAUAGAAAAAAAAAAAACUACCAAAAUAUUAAUUUUGAUGUUGUCAAAAGAUACCUAACAUCAAAUAAAUAUAUGGAAUCUAAUAAUAAAUUCACAUCCCAAAAGGAAAAUAAUGAAAAUGAUAAAAACGUUAAAAGCUUAAAUGAAACAAAUGAAAUAAAUUCAAUAGAAAAUAUACUUGAUGAAACUAACUCAAUGAUAUACAUAAAUGAAAUUUGCUUGAAAAUGGAUCAAGUUAUAUUAAAAUGUCAACAUUAUGAAGAUAUUUUGUCAAUUCUUGUUACUCAUAGAGGAGCAUUAUUUCUACAAAACUUAAUAACAGCUAUUCGUAUGUUAAGUGGGUUUGUAAUUGAAGAAAAAAAAAAAAGAAUAGAAAAGGAAAAAUUAAAUUUAUCAAAUGAAUAUACAAAACAUGUAAAAGCCGAAGAACUGGAAGUUGAAAAUGAUCAAAUGAAUGAUGAAAAUAAACAAAAUAUAGAUAAUAUAAAUAUUACAGAUACAGAAAAUAUAAAUACAAAAUUGAAUGAUAAUAAUACAUACGCUAGUGAUAUGCCAAUAAUAAAUAAUAUUAAUUCAAUGUCGUGCGAAACAAAUAAUGAAACUGUAAUUGAUAAAAUAGAGAAAAAUUUAAUAGAAAAAUAUAAACAUAUUUUUGAUGUAUUAAAUGAUAAAAAAUUAUUAGAAAAUGAAAAUAAUUUUCAAAAAAAUAGAAAAAUUGAAGAAAUUAUUGUAUUAGAUGAAAGAUAUAAUUUAUUAAUAGAAGACAUCUAUAAAAAUAGAAAACAUUUCGAUGUUGUAUCUAUAUGCCAUAUUUUGAUAUCACUGAAAGAAUUAAAUCAUAAACAUUUUCUUUUGUUUAAUUCAUUUGUUAAUCCUUUAAAAAAUUUCGAUAUAUAUAUAAAGGAGCAGUUUGAAAGUAAUCAAAAGAUAUCUUAUAUUAACUCUACUAUGCAAUUAUUACUGGAAUGUUUUAAUACAUAUAUAUGGGCAGGAUAUUAUAACUUAGAUAUAUAUAAUAAAUUAAUAAAUUCCAUUUUGUUAAAUAACUUUAUCCGUUUAAAUAAAGCUUUAAUAUAUGCACAUUAUGAACAAUUAAAUAAUUAUACUAAUAUGAAUUAUAAUUAUAAUGUAAAUUAUCCAAUUUCUACAGAAGAGUUAUUAAGAUUUUUUAAUUUAGAUAAAAAUUUCAUUUAUAUGAAUUUUUUAUCAAAAGAUCCUGAUAUAUCUUAUUCUAUAAGUAAGUUAGUAAAAUAUGAAGAAAAUAACGAAAAUAGAGAGACACAACUAAAAGAUAUAGAAAACAUAGAAAUAAAAGAUGAAUUUACUAAACAAGAAAAUUAUAUAAUGAAAAAUAAAGAUGAUUUAAUAAAAAAAAAAAAAAAAGAUUCUAUAAGUGAAAUAUCCACAUUUGUUUGUCCUAUUUUUUUAAAUCUUGAAUUAUUUCUUAAAAGUUUAGAAAUAUAUAAAAAUAUUUAUGUAUAUAAUCCUGAGUUUUUUAAAAUAUCUGAAAAAGUUGUUUAUUAUUACACUCCUUAUUUGUCUCCAUUCAAUUUAAGCAUGAUAGCUGAUGCAUUCUCUAAACAUAGAAUUUUUACCAUAGAACAUGAUAGAAUUUUUUUUCAUAUUUCUAAAAUAUUAGAAAAAAAUUUCCAAAAAUUUUCAUAUGAAAAUAUUUUUCUUAUUUUAAGAGCAUUUAAAAAAAUGAACUUAUUUUUUGAAAAAUGUAUUAUUUUAAGUGCUAACAAAUUUAGGGAAUACUUUCAUUAUUUGUAUAUAAACAGAAAGGAAAGUAUAUUGACAUUAAAAGAUGUAUCAGUUCUAAUGGAAUCGUUGUCUUUUUUUAAUUUUACUCAUAAAUUUAUUGAUCAAUGUAUUAUAGCUGCAUUAAAUUAUUUAGAAGAUUAUAUUGAUGAUAUAGAUGAAGAAACAUCAAUAAACAUUUCAUAUGCAUUAAUAUUGUCUAAUUUAUUUCAUGUUAAUACGUAUUUUUUUUCAUUUAUAUGGAGAAAAAUAGGAAAAACAACUUAUUGGGAAAAAAGAAAAAGUCAAAUUUUUUUGUUAUGGUUAUCUCAUAUGAUACAGUUUAAGUGGUUGGAUUUCGAUUUACCUAAAUUUUGUGUUUUAGAAAGUUUAAAAGUUUUUUAUUUAAAGAGAAAAGAAAACAUGUUUUCCUUUUCAAAAAUCAUUUAUAAUAUUUCUAAAAUAUUAGAUGAUUUUCAAAUUAGUCACGAAGUUUCUGUUGAAAUUGAUUGCCCAUAUGUAUUAGAUAUUUUAAUAAAAAAAAAUAGACAAGUUAUUAUGUUAACUCAAGAUACAACUAGAAAUGAAAUAACUAGGGAAUUAGGGGAUUUCAAGAUUAUUUCGAAUCAUUUAAAAUUAUAUGGAUAUAAUGUAAAAUGUGUUAAUACUAAAUAUUUUGAUUCUUUAAAUGAUGAAAAUAAACGAGAAUAUAUAAAAAAUAUUUUGAUGUCUUUUUAA